CGGCCGGGCCCGGCGCUGCCGCUGCCGGGAGCUCCGUGAGGGAGCGCCGCCCCCGCUGCCAUGGCCGCCCGCAGAGUUUGGAGUAUGUGAGGAGCUGCCAGAGGAAUCACUCAUAUUUUAAUUUCUGCUUCAUCAGAUGCUCCUGCCCUGCCCUGUGCCUCCAGGAGUGUGACCCCCCAGUCCUGGGGCUGCCCACAGCUGAGAUGGUGGCCUUCAACUGGAAGGCUCUGGAGAACUUCCCACUGCUGAUGUACAUUUUGGCAGCUAAAACAUUGAUCCUUUGCUUGGCCUUUGCUGGAGUCAAAAUGUACCAGAGCAAGAAAAUUGAGGAGAAACUGAAGAGGGAACGUGAGGAGAAACUGAAAGCAGAAGCAGAGAAGAAGGAUGAGUGAAGAGUGCCUCAGGUGUGGAAUUGAUUGGGCUUGGACAUUGUUAAUCCCAGUGGGAUUGAGUUGGAUUUUGGAUCCCAAAGUGAGCUCUUGGGAUGUUUCAGGGAUUUGCUGUCUCAUUUUCUGUGGGACUUGCAUGAGCCACUGUCCUGUUUGAGGAUGUUUGAGCACAAUGUUCCCUCUCUGGUUUUAUCUGCCUGGUGCACAAAGAGAGGGAUAAAUUGGGAAUAACUGCAGGGGAGCAGGCAGGCGGGACGCUGCAAUCAGAGCUCUGGGCUUGAAAGCAAUAAAUAAAGAGAGAAAAUAAAUAAUCAGCCCAUUUCUAGAGGAGAGAAAUCAUUGACAACUUGGGGAGGGUUUAGCUGGAAAGGACAAAUCCCACACCUGGAAUUCCCAAAGGGACAGGUUCUGCUGUGGAACAUCCACCAUGUAGAAUUCCCUGAGAAAAAUGCACAUUUUUCUGCUUGAAAGAGCAAAGUGAACAUGACAAAAUCCCCUAAAUUUGGGAUUCUCGUUCUGAAAUUCCCGAGUUCCUCCCCUCUGUUUCCAAGGCUGAAGCAAUCCCUGCAUUCUUGGAGCAGAUCCAUGAGCAGAGUGAGUCCUGCCUGCUGCUUGGAUUCUAUUCCCUGCCCUGCUUGUCAUUUUUGGAGCAGUUUGCUUCACUUCUCCCUGUUCUGCAGCAAAAUGGGAAUUCUAUUCCUGCCUGCCCUUUGGAAACUCAGUGGGAGUUUGAUGUCAUGUUGCUCUUUAUUGAAAUAAAAUCUUAUUUCCCUUUCUGAGGUCAUCCCCUCCCAUCUAAAGACACUUCAAAUCUUUCCUCAAUUUUAUUUCCACCCUGCCACUCUUUUAUUCCCUUUAUUCCCAAGGAUUGGGAAUGGUGCCUAGAAAUGAGGCCCUGGGAAUAACCAUGGGAAUAAAGAUUUCUCUAUUUACACACAAAAAAACCAAAAACAAAACAACAAAAAAGCCCAGCAAAACCAAAGGGGUUUUUCAUGCUUCCAGCAGGUUCAGGACUUUGGGGCAGAUUUUGGGCACUUCCCUGGCAAAGGAAAGGUUGUGCAGGGCUGGGAGCAGCCUGGGGUAGUGGGCAAUGUCCCUGCCCAUGGAUGGGAUGAGCUUUAAGAUCCCUCUAACCCAAACCAGCCCUGCAUUCUGGGGUUCUGUGCAGUUUUAUCCCAGGGAAUUCUGUUUGGCAAACCCCACAGCUCCAGGAUCAUCACACAAACCCUCAGUGCCCAGCAGGUGACACCACCCUUGGUGUUAAAACCUCUCUGAUUGCACAGAAAUUCCCUUCCCAGUCCCCAGAGCUGCCUUGUCCUUGCUAAACUCUGGGAUUCAGAGGGAGGAAUUCCCCCAUGGAGCUGG